UGUUCAAACACUCCCUCUCCCUCCCUCUCUCUCUUUCUCUCUCUCUCUCUUUCACUCACACACACAAACACGCACACUCACACACACACGCACACACAGGCACACACACUGUCUCUUACUGCAGCAGCACGCAAGUAAGCAGGCACGCUCAUUAUUAUCUGCAUCCCAUCCAGCAGGAAUCUAUUGAGAUUCCUGAGCAGUGAAUGCACCGAGUCGGCACUGCAUGGGGGCUUGUUUGAGGAGUACCUGACUAAAGGACUGGUUUGUUCUUCUAACUGCGGGGAGGAGUGCUGCGGCAGCUCCACAAGAAAACACAAGGGACCACCUCCCGCUGGGGUUUUAUUUAUUUUUACUUACCCCCUCCCUUUGCUUUUUAAGCUGAGCUUUUGUGUUUGUGUGUGCGUGCGUGUGUGUGUGUGUGUGUUUUUGUGUGUGUGUGAGUGUUUGUCUGUGGUGUUGUCCUCUUACCUGCCAGUCCUUUUUUAAAAUUUGCUCUUAAUUUCCAAAUCUGUGCCACAUCGCUCUUUUUGGCUCUCAUUAUGCUGCGCUCCGAACCCCUGCCUAUUCUCCGCCUCUGCUAGGCAGUGGCAGCAUGGAUGGUGCUCCUGUGAGGAAGCUUACGGAUUCAAUCAGUCCACUGCGGAUGGGCAUGCUGAGUAAUCCUGCUGUAAAUGGGCGAGGACAUUGACACCCGGAAAAUCAACCACAGCUUUCUACGAGACCACAACUAUGUGACUGAAGGGCUGUUCACGCUAAGCCUUGGCUCUGAACACAUCUGAAAGCCUGCAAGCCGAGCUGAGCUCUGAGCCAAGCCAGAGCAGUGUUUAAAAGUGGAUUAACAACCCUCUCCUGGACUCCACACACCAGGAUGUUGAAUCCCAUCCAGGUCCUGUGUUCCGACAUCACAGCGCUAUCUUUGGAAGCCAAGCAGUUUGCAAGUUACACUGAAGCUGAUAUCAUAUCCACAGUUGAGUUCAACCAGACGGGGGAGCUGCUGGCGACUGGGGACAAGGGGGGGCGUGUUGUUAUUUUCCAGAGGGAACCUGAGAGUAAAAAUGAGCCUCACUGCCAGGGGGAGUACAAUGUUUAUAGCACCUUUCAGAGCCAUGAGCCUGAGUUCGAUUACCUGAAGAGUCUGGAAAUCGAGGAGAAGAUUAACAAAAUCAGGUGGCUGCCACAACAGAAUGCUGCUCACUUCCUUUUAUCAACCAAUGAUAAAACUAUUAAAUUAUGGAAAGUUAGUGAAAGAGAUAAGAGGCCGGAGGGAUACAACCUGAAAGAUGAAGAAGGGCGGCUUAAAGGACUUUCAACAGUGACAUCCCUGCAGGUGCCAGUCCUGAUGCCCAUGGACCUGAUGGUGGAGGUGAGCCCCCGAAGAAUCUUCGCUAACGCUCACACCUACCAUGUCAACUCCAUCUCCGUCAACAGUGAUUGUGAGACCUACAUGUCUGCUGAUGACCUCAGGAUUAACCUCUGGCACUUGGGGAUCACCGACAGGAGCUUCAAUAUUGUGGACAUCAAGCCUGCCAACAUGGAGGAGCUGACGGAAGUCAUCACAGCUGCUGAGUUCCACCCCGACCACUGUAACCUCUUUGUUUACAGCAGCAGUAAAGGGACACUCCGGCUAUGUGACAUGAGGGCCUCCGCGCUGUGUGACAAGCACUCCAAACUGUUCGAAGAGCCUGAAGAUCCUAGUAAUCGCUCCUUCUUCUCUGAAAUCAUCUCCUCGAUCUCUGAUGUCAAGUUUAGCCACAGUGGACGCUAUCUGUUAACAAGAGAUUACCUCACAGUCAACGUCUGGGACCUGAACAUGGAGAAUAAGCCCAUUGAAACAUAUCAGGUUCAUGAUUACCUCCGGAGCAAGCUUUGUUCUUUGUAUGAGAAUGACUGCAUCUUUGACAAGUUUGAAUGUGCUUGGAAUGGUACAGAUAGUGUAAUUAUGACGGGCGCCUACAACAAUUUCUUCAGGAUGUUUGACCGCAACACGAAGCGAGAUGUGACCCUGGAGGCCUCCCGGGAGAGCAGCAAGCCCAGAGCUGUGCUGAAGCCCCGGCGUGUCUGCACUGGAGGAAAGCGCAGGAAGGACGAUAUUAGCGUGGACAGCUUAGACUUUACCAAGAAGAUCUUGCAUACAGCCUGGCACCCGGCAGAGAACAUAAUUGCCAUCGCAGCGACAAACAAUCUGUACAUAUUUCAGGAUAAAGUCAGCUCAGAGAUGCAUUAGGUAUCUAAAUGUGUGGAUCAUGUUCGGAAUCUCUCUCUCUCUCUCUCUCUCUCUCUCUCUCUCUCUCUCCCUCUCUCCCUCUCUCUCUCUCCCUCUUCCUCUCUCUCUCUCCUGUCGUGCUCUGGUUUUUUGAGCACUGUACUGUACCUGCCGAUAACCUUUCUCAAGGGUGUGUUAUCGUUGUGUUGGAAUUGUGGAUUGUGGUUCAUCACUAGUGUGUAUUGCUAUUGGUAGUUAUGGGCUUUUUAAAGCCAACAGGGUUGUGCUGAACAGAUGAUAUUGAUGAUAAUGGUGACGAUAAUAAUAAUAAUAAUAAUAAUAAUGUUACAAAUAAAUGCAUCUUUUUCAUGUUUGUGGUUAUUGUUUUAAAGUCCUAGUCACAGCUCUUUUUAAUGUCCUUAGUUUUUUUAUUCUGUAAGUAUAAGUUGACAUUUUUUUUUUGUAUAUUUUGCUAUCAAAUGGCAGGGGCCCAUAUUUAAUCACGCUUUGCACCAAAGUAAACUAGUCUAGGACAAUUACCCUGGUGUGAAUGAAGAACUCUUGCUGGUCUAUUCACAUCAUAGUACAUGAUUCUGCAUUGUAUACAGUGGAACACAAAGCAUGACAAACAGAAAUUGAAUAUGGAAAUCUUCAAAGUACUGUACACAGUACACAGUCACAGACUUUGUGUGGGAGUAAAUAUCAGUAUGUAAAUGCAAAUCCAGUUUUAGUACUCUGAAUAUUUGAAUUGAGAAUCAGAAAAGCAGAUGACCUUCAUUUCAAAAUAGUUGUAUCGACCACAAUUGCUCCUUAAUGCAGCCUGUAAAGUUGUCUCUACAUCUUUUAGGUACAGUAUGUAUGCAACAAAAUCUGCACCUAUUGCUGAUGUUUUGAAAUGGAGUGGAAAAAACAAAGAGUUAGUAUUCACUAUUUGGCCCUUCAUUUACCAGUGUGCUUUCUACAUUACAUACUGUACCAUCUUUAUACGAUGUUAACUGAACUAGGUUCUGCCUCCUCGUCUUCUUUUGUAUCUGGGUGUGAAAUGUGAUCGUACUGAUACUUUGAAAUAAACAGUGGAUGCAGCAAGAUGAAAGGUACACAGCAGGAUCUCCAAAUCCCUUUUUUAGAGGCCUACUGACAUCCUCUGAAGCAUAUCUACAUUAACUGUUGUACGAUGGAGAGAACCAACAUCCUAUCUUUAGUUAGACUACUGUAUUAAUAUGUGUAGUCCAGCCUUUAGAUUGCUGUAUGCCAGUGCUCAACAGCUGCUAGAGAAAUUGAAAGUCCCAAGAUCAGUCUUGGAACAUGCAGAUUCCAGCUGCUAUUAUGGUAUACAGUACCAUUGUUUUCAUAAAACGCCUAAUUUAUUAAAACUGAUUAAAGUUUCCUUUGGUACUUUACAUCCAUUCCCAUCUCCUUUAGGACAAUUACCAUCAGGCUUUUUUUUAUUAUAUCAUGACAAUGCUGAGACAUUAAAGUGUCUGCAAUAUCUCACAGGAAGAGGAUUGUCUUAAUGCAGGAGGUAACACAUGUUGGUGCUGUAUGGAUUAAAGUGUGAAUGUAUGUCUUAGAUACAAAUGUAUGUAAAUGAAGUUUUUAAGCAGGAAGUAAUGACACUAGUCUUAACAGUAAAUGAACCGUAAUUGAAUAUUCAACAGUAAUAUUGCACUCUUAACACACAGCCUUCACAAAAGCUUUUAAAUAAGGCAAGAUCAGUGGUUGUAUUUUAAAGGUCAAAACACAAUAUUAAGACAGAUAAGCCGUCCCACUUUGCAACAAGAACAAUCGCAAGACGAAGCUGCAUGAUAGAUCUGUUUUUAGACUUUUGGCUGCCUUUCUUUGACUCAUAAGAACAUGCUGUACAAUGGCUUGGAGAAUACACACUCAGCACAGACUACCAUUAACCAUUGAUAUACUUUUUGUGUUUUGAAACACAGAAGCAUGUUUACCAUUGUUCAGUAUUACGAUGUAAAUUUGUAAUGCCUAAAAAUGUUGUAACAAGAAAAAAGAGAAUGAGGAAUGUUUAUUAAUACUGUACUCAAAAAAAAUAAAUAAAUACAAAAGGGUGAAUUUAACUAUAUGUAUAUAUUGUUUAUUGUCUUUACAGUAACCUAAUGAGAUUUUUUUUUCUGUAACAAAAUGAAAUACAUUUUUAGGAAUAUGGUAAGUUGUACAUAGCGCAAGACAGUACAAUCAUAUUAAAACCAUUGACCUUCAUCCAUGUGGUUUUGAAAUAUUUUGCCAAUUAACUUAAAUUUAAAAACGAACCUCCCUCAAGAUUGCUUGAAGAGCUCCAGUAUACACAAUAAGAUAUAAAAUGAUUUCAUAAUCUGCACAUGUGAAUCAUUGAUGCUAUUGCCAGAUAUAGUAGUGUAACUCCAGGCUGUGUCUUUAGUGUUACUCAAAGUAAUAUUACAACGUCCUGACCAGUUGCCUCCUUAAUUUAUGUUGCAACUUGUAUUCUAUGUGGUAUUGUCCAAAAUAAAUUGGUAUGCAGCAACUGCAAUGUGGUGACUGGCAAUGAGAGAAUGAAUUGUUCUCUCAGGUCUCAGACCUUUUCCCUUUUGUUAUCCCAUAUAAAAGCUUGUAAAACCACUGAUUUAUGUUUGAAACUUUCUUCCUGUUUUUGUUCAUGUUAUUUUUUUUUUGUUUUUCUUUUUGUGUUUUGUUCUUGUAAUUUUUAGUACAAAAUCUGUCAAAUAAAAGAUUAUAAAUAUGUUAAUAUGAGUUUUCAAAUAAAGAUUUCAACAAAAUUGUAUCCCACA